UCAGCUGCUUUUCCACUUUAGGAUUCUUUCUUUCUUUCUUUCUUUCUUUCUUUCUUUCUUUCUUUCUUUCUUUCUUUCUUUCUUUCUUUCUCUCUCUCUCUCUCUCUCUCUCUCUCUCUCUCUCUCUCUCUCUCUCUCUCUCUCUCUCUCUCUCUCUCUCUCUCUUUCUUUCUUCUCUCUUUCUGUCUGUCUGUCUGUCUUUCUGGUUUGCGGCAGUACAGACAUUUACAGAACGUUAAUAGAAUUGUUACAUGUGUAAUGCUUGUUGAUGCUUGUUCUCACCUGUUUGUAUUUUUCUUUCUGCUACCCAAACUGAUUGACCUGAAUGGUGUGACGAUGACCGGCAUGGACUGGACUUUACCGCUUCACCCUCCUCUAAUAUGUCCAUGUUGUGUGUGAUCGGACGUAAUGACGACGGAGGUAGGAACAGAAGCCGAGGUGAAGAAGGAGCCGGAAAAGUCCGAGGUUCAGGAACACCAGGACGAACACGACGAGAACGCAGAUCCACAACCGGCUCCUGCCGACACGGAGAACCCCGAGAACGCAGAAGUGAAGUCUAAGGAACCCGGCGAGCCCACCAGCCCGACCUCACCCAGCGGCCAGAAAAAGGAGAAGGGCAUCUCUCGCCUCCUGCCCCCAUGGCUCAAACGGCAGAAGUCGCUCAGCCAGGGGCCUAAAGAGAGCGUCAGCAGCACCGAGGAGGAGCCGGAGGUAAAGGGAGACGAGGAGUCUCCGAAGAAAAAGGAGGAGCUGAAGAGGAGCGAGGAGGAGCAAGUGGAGCAGAACUCCGUCUGCAGUGCUGAGACGCAGCCCGAGAGGGACGGUGGAGCCGAGCAGAAGGUCGGGGAGGAGCAGGACAGAGCUGAAGACGGGGUGCAGGAGAGCGGCGUCGCUUCUCCUCUGAAGUCGGGGAAGAAGACAAAGAUGGUGAUGUGUCACGUGACCAUGCUGGAUGGGAACCAGUUUGAGUGUGAAGUGGAGAAACGAGCUAAGGGUCAGUACCUGUUCUUCAAGGUGUGUGAACAUCUGAACCUGUUGGAGAAGGAUUACUUUGAUCUGAGCUUUAAGAACAAUGCUGACCAGAAGUGUUGGCUGGAUCCCACCAAGGAGAUCAAACGUCAGAUCAGAAAUUCUCAGUGGCAGUUUGCAUUCAACGUGAAGUUCUACCCACCAGAUCCCUCCCAGCUCAGUGAAGAUAUAACCAGGUAUCUGUUGUGUCUGCAGUUGAGACAGGACAUCCUUUCGGGACGGUUGCCGUGUUCGUUUGUUACGUUAACACUGCUCGGUUCGUACACUCUGCAGGCUGAACUGGGAGAUCAGGAAUCCAGUGAGCAGCUGCUUCACUCCAUCAGUGAUUUCCAGUUCGCUCCCAACCAGACCAAAGAGCUGGAGGAGAAAGUGGUGGAACUGCAUAAAGCUCACCGGGGGAUGACUCCUGCUCAAGCUGAUAUUCAGUUUUUGGAAAAUGCCAAGAAACUCUCCAUGUAUGGUGUCGACCUGCAUCAUGCGAAGGAUUCAGAUGGAGUGGACAUCAUGUUGGGAGUGUGUGCUAAUGGGCUGCUGAUCUACAAGGAUCGUCUGAGGAUCAACCGCUUUGCCUGGCCCAAAAUCCUCAAGAUCUCCUACAAACGAAGCAACUUCUACAUCAAGAUCAGACCAGGAGAGACGGAGCAGUUUGAGAGCACAGUUGGAUUUAAACUGCCUAAUCAUCGUGCGGCUAAGAGGGUCUGGAAGGUCUGUGUGGAGCAUCACACCUUCUUCAGGUUGACGAACCCCGAACAGCCCACUAAGUCCAAGUUCCUGACGUUGGGUUCGAGGUUCCGUUACAGCGGUAGAACACAGGCUCAAACCCGCCAGGCGAGUUCUCUGAUCGACCGUCCGGCACCUCAGUUCACCCGAACUGCCAGCAAACGCAUCUCACGCAGCUUCGAUGCAGGUCCGGUGGUGAGCGUGAGUGACCGUAGCUAUGCCCCGGGAGAGAACGGACACGACCCCGCACUGGAACUCUCCUCCGAUUCUAAGAAUCCACAGGUGGAAGAAGGGGCGGAGCCAGCGGAGGGCACGGCCACUGAGGUUACAGCUGAGCCCGUGUUCGAGAACAAGCUGAGAGUGCAGGGAGAGAAUAUUUAUGUCAGACAUAGCAAUCUAAUGCUGGAGGAUCUGGAUAAGACUCAGGAGGAUGUGUUGAAGCAUCAGGCUAGCAUUAGCGAGCUAAAGCGCAGUUUUAUGGAGGCGGCUCCCGAGCCCCAACCCAGUCAAUGGGAAAAACGGCUAACGGGCAGUGGCACCGCCGGUCUGCGCCCGCAGGUCCAAGGGAUAAGCCCCGCCCAACCUGAGAGCGCCCUGUCUGAGAGCAGUGAUGUCAGCAAGAGCGAACACACAUCGGCGCUGAACGGUCAGCCUGAUGUCACCAAUGUCAUUGAGGUGGUUAAUGAGACCGUCGUUAUCGAGGAGGUCAUCCAGGUCAGUGGUAAGAACGCUGACGUGACCCCAGCGACUGAACCCGUUUUGGAAAAAGCUCCUCAAGCGACGGAGGAGGAGGAGGAGGUGGAGAAGAGCGCCUCGUCCGAGAGUGAGAGCGAGGAGGAGGCGGAGUAUCACGCCCAGAUUUCCACCUCUGACUCUGCCCACCACAUUAAAGAAGAACCUGAAGAAGUAGAAGAGCAGGAGGUGGAGAUAACUGAACAAGCCCCGCCCACCGAGGCAGAGGCUAAGUCAGAGUCGGUUGUAGAAGACCAGGAAACGGAUCCUGAACCCACGUCAGAGGAACAUGAGCUGCCGGUGCAAGAUGAAGCAUCCGUGGUGGCUGACGAAGCACCCAAUGGCCACGCCCCUGAGGAAGCCCCGCCCACUCUCAGCGCAGUAGCUGAGGAGCAACAGGAUCCUCACGUCAUCAACGGCGACUCGCCUCAUGUGGAUGCAGAUCGCGUCCCACAGGUGAUCUGUUGCUCGGAGCCUCCGGUAGUGAAGACGGAAAUGGUCACCAUUUCGGACACAUUCGCCGCUCAGAAGACUGAGAUCACCACCAUGGAGGUGCCCAUCGUCCACACGGAAACCAAAACCAUCACUUACGAAGCUGCGCAGUUGGAAGACAAUGGAGACGGAGAGCCCGGUGUUUUGAUGACCGCUCAGACCAUCACCUCUGAAUCUCUGUGUACAACCACAACUACACACAUCACCAAGACACUAAAAGGCGGGCUGUCGGAAACACGCAUUGAGAAGCGCAUCGUCAUUACGGGAGAUUCGGACAUCGACCACGAUCAGGCAUUGGCCCAGGCCAUAAAGGAAGCCAAAGAGCAGCACCCGGACAUGUCGGUCACUCGUGUGGUGGUGCACAAGGAGACCGAGCUUGCUGAGGAGGAUGAGUAAAGGCGGGAAGAGAGCUGAAGUUGCAGUUCAUCUUUUGGUCUGUUGGGCUGAAGAUCUCUCCUCUGUUCUUCGUGUGACUGAAUGAGUGAUGGUGUCUGAGAUGAGGACCUUCAGGACGUCAGCUCCGCUCUGGACGUUUGUUAUUGCUCAAAACCAGAACCACUCAGCUAACAUUUUUGUAGUGUUUUGUUAUUGUUGUUUUUAUCUCCCCUGAUGUUCGUCCUCUCUUUAUGAAGACCAGAUAGGAUUUCCUCUUUUUAAUGAUGUAGUAGGGGUGCAUUUGGGUGCGCACUUGUAUACAGGGGUUCCAAUCUCACCUAAUGUUAAAUUUCUACGUUUACACCCUCCCCAUCCUACAGUUGUAAUGAGGUGGGCAGUCGACAUGGGUAUACAUUUUCUAUUAUUAUAUAGUUUGUAUGAUUUGAGAGCAGAUAUCUGAUCCUGGACCUUUUUUGGGAGGAAAAUGGGCGGGUUUGACAUAAUUUAGGUCAAAACGUGGGUGGGACUUGGGGUCAACCGCGUAAUCUCAUUGGUUAAUCACGGUUUUGAAGGGACCAGCAUGGGCAAGAGUGCCAAUCUUUCCACUAUGCAGGAAACAUUCCACUGUGGCGAGGUGCCACCUCGUCUACCUCCUUUAAAGCUGCAGUACGUAAGUUUUACCGUUAAAGAUAAGUCAGAAGAGAGAAAAUUCCUUUAAAACACGACCGACUUGUGCUGCUCUGCAUCUUAUUUAGUAAUAUUGAACACUUUAAACUGUUUGGUCGAUUUUUUUUUGACACAAAAAUUUUUUUGACCCUUUUGGAGGAAAAUAGAAAAACAAGAAAAGAAAAAAAACUUAAAUCAAUUAACGGCACAAUUUUAAAUCUGUAGUUUUGCAUACGGUAAGGGAAAAUGAUGGUACAUAAUGAUCUGGGUCUGGGUGCAUUGCAAAAUGACAUACAAGGUCUCGGCAAUUCUCAACUCGGCAGCUCAAGAUUUUCACGUUUUUACAUUUUCCGGCUCCAGUAUAUGAAAUUUUUUAGCUUUUAAUGAAUGAAAUGUGUCUUUCUUUUAAAUAUUUUUAAUCUUUAAUUCUUACUGGUUUUACACUAAAUAUUUUUACAUCAAGACACUUUACUACAGCAGAAUCUACCAAACACAAAUGCAGAUGAAUAAAUAAAUCAAAUCUUUCUUUUAUUUUUCAGUUUCUCUUUAUUUCUCUUCCUUUCUUCCACUUGUUCAUCUUUCUCCCGUCUUUUUAUCUGCUUGAUGAAGUUUGUUUGCAGCCCCUCUCACUGCCAUUUCCUGUCCUCAUUGUGUAACACUGUUCAAUAAAAGUUUGUUUAUUCAGA